GGCUCGACCUUUUCCGGUUUAGACGUUUACCAUGGCGGUCGGCAAAAACAAGGGUCUCUCGAAAGGCGGCAAGAAAGGUGGUAAAAAGAAGGUAGUCGAUCCAUUUUCGCGCAAAGAUUGGUACGAUGUCAAAGCGCCAAACAUGUUUCAAACCAGGCAGAUUGGCAAAACCCUCGUGAACCGCACGCAGGGCCAACGCAUUGCCUCUGACUACCUUAAAGGGCGUGUGUUUGAAGUUUCGCUUGCAGACUUGCAAAAAGACAUUGACCCCGAGCGCUCAUUCCGUAAAUUUCGUCUGAUCGCCGAAGAUGUGCAGGAUCGCAACGUGCUCUGCAAUUUCCAUGGCAUGGACUUGACUACAGACAAGUACAGAUCAAUGGUGAAGAAAUGGCAGACUCUCAUCGAGGCCAUUGUGGAGGCAAAGACCGUAGACGGAUACUUGCUUCGUGUGUUCUGCAUUGGAUUUACAUUCAAGGAUCAGCAGUCGCAGCGAAAGACCUGCUAUGCCCAGCAGUCGCAGGUGCGUAAGAUUCGGGCCCGCAUGACCGACAUUAUUACCAACGAGGUGAGCGGCGCCGAUCUGAAACAGCUGGUGAACAAACUGGCCUUAGACUCGAUUGCUAAGGAUAUUGAGAAGAGCUGCCAACGCAUCUAUCCAUUGCAUGAUGUCUACAUUCGCAAGGUGAAGGUACUCAAGAAACCUCGCUUCGAUAUCUCCAAACUUCUGGAGCUCCAUGGCGAUGGUGGUGGUAAGACAACCGAAGCUGUUGUUUCCGCUGAGGGCGCUGUUAUUGACCGCCCCGAAGGCUAUGAACCUCCCGUACAGGAGGCUGUUUAAAUUAUUCGAUUUUCGAGUUAGUGAGUGGACGCCUUCUGUAAGUGAAUAACUUCAACUCGGGAAUGU